CAGGGCGCCUUCUGUGCCUCUCCGGGUCUGCAGCCCUUGAUCGAGUUUGACAGGCCCAGGUGGCGGCUGCCUGAGCACCUGUGGGUGCGCCAGCCACCAGGGACAGACCGCCACAUUCCAGGCUCCAGGCUGGCAGGGACGCCUGGCAGUGAGCUGUGACUGGCAGGAGGCCCCAGCUCCGGCAGCCGGCCUGAGGGCGGUUCCUCCCCACCACGGGAGGCCCGGGCUGAGGACAUGGAAGAGCAGGUGUUCAAGGGGGACCCAGACACACCUCAUUCCAUCUCCUUCUCUGGCAGCGGGUUCCUGUCCUUCUACCAGGCUGGGGCCGUGGAUGCCCUGCGGGACCUGGCCCCCCGGAUGCUAGAAACGGCCCAUCGUUUCGCAGGGACGUCUGCUGGAGCCGUGAUCGCCGCGCUGGUCAUCUGUGGCAUUGAAAUGGAUGAGUAUCUCAGAGUCCUCAAUGUGGGGGUGGCCGAGGUGAAGAAGUCCUUCCUGGGACCCUUGUCCCCGUCCUGCAAGAUGGUGCAGAUGAUGAGGCGGUUUCUGUACCAGGUUCUGCCUGAAGACUCCUACAAGGCCGCUAAUGGGAAGCUCCACGUGACCCUCACUCGGUUCACAGAUGGAGAGAGCGUGGUGGUUUCAGAGUACACAUCCAAGGAGGAGCUCAUAGAGAGGUACAUCGACGGGGGCUUCACAGGCAUGCAGCCCUGCUCCUUCUGGACCGACUCCAUCACCAUCUCCACCUUCAGCGGGCAGCAGGACAUCUGCCCCCGGGACUGUCCUGCCAUCUUCCAUGACUUCCGCAUGUUCAACUGCUCCUUCCAGUUCUCCCUGGAGAACAUCACCAGGAUGACCCAUGCCCUGUUCCCCCCGGACCUGCUGAUCCUGCACAAUUACUACUACCGAGGGUACGAAGACGCAGUUUUGUACUUGAGGCGGCUGAAUGCUGCUUACCUUAACUCUCCCUCCAAGAGAGUGAUGUUCCCCCGGGUAGAAGUGUACUGCCAGAUAGAACUCGCCCUUGGUAGCGAAUGCCCUGAACACAGUCAGUCCAGCCUCCAAGCAGGGCAGGCUGACCCGGAAGAGUCUACACAACCUCACACACAAUGCACUCCAGAAGGGGACGGAAGUGGUGGCCAUGGUCCACCUGUGUCCCCACCUGCACAGACAGCUGAGUCUACAUGUGAGUGGUCUGUGGAACCACCAGUUUCGCCACCUGUCUCUUCACUCUCCGCUGCAUUGCCACUGGCCUCAUCUCCAGCACAAUCACCAACUGUCUCACCACCAGUAUCGCUGCCAGCUGGGCACACACCACCCAGCUCACCCCCUGAGCUCUCCCCUGUGUCACCACAGCAUCAGUUUCAACCACCUGGCUCAUCACCCAUAUCCCCACCCUCAAAGUCAUCUAUGUCAUGCAGGCCAUCCAUGGGGCCUUCACUUGUGGGGACUCCUCAGCUAUCAUCCCGAUGUCCUUCAACAACAGCUGCAAUGCCACCCAUCGAGGAACUGGGUCCAGAACAUCCCCAAGCUCCCCUUGACUCCUCAAAUCCAGAAUGCGCCAUGUCUCUGGUAAAUGUGAAGGAGACCACCAGCAGGCCUCAUGCAAUGGAAAGCCCUCCUGAAAACUCCAAUUGGAUGAAAAGAAUGCUCAAGAAGAACAAACAAAAGACGAAUGGCACCAAAAAAGCUUUCCUGAGACAUCCGCCAUCCAAAAAACCAGCCUGCAAAGCACAGUCUGUUCCCUGCUCACUGGACUUCUCUCUGCUCUCUGAAUCAGAGAGAGUUUGGGUGACCUACAGGACUCAUCCCAGCAGGAUCCAGGAAUACAACUGCCCUGAGGAAGCUGUGAGCCGAGAGAGAAAAUCUGAGCUGGAGCGGGAAAGAACCUGAAGACCCAGAGGCCGAGUCGUGUCCCUACUUCUCCAAUGCCUUCCCCUCAGCCUAGGCUUUCAGGGAGCAGGGGUGACACCCCCCACACACGCCUGUUGGUGUAGAAGGUCCCAUUUCCCCAGGUGGGCACCUCCCUGUCUAAAUAUCCUGUCAGCUUCCUGUGGCCUUCCAGCCCUCUCACUACCCUGCUCUGGACAGAUGGACGGGCAGAUUCCACCUCACCAAAGAGCACCAGCACAGCCUCUUUCUGGCUCCCUACUCCCAGCCUGAGCCUGAGUUUGCUUCUUUGAGAUGAGCCAGAUCAACCCUGGUUCCCCCGGACCUAGUUCACAGGCUAAAGCCCUUGGGGGUCAGGCAGGACUGAGUCACGGACACACUUUCCUGUUUCCCGAGGAGUCCAAAGACCAAGUUCUCCAUUUGUUUUUGGUUUUAAUUCUCACCGAGGACUCAGGGUUUGACCUGGAACCCCUACCUUCUGCUCUAACCACUCGAUGGGAUUUCUGACGCAGCUGAUCAGCCAUGCUGCCUGCAUCAGAGACUUUGACGCUCCCAGGGAGGAUGUGAUUACCUGGUGCGCCAUGUUGAGUGGGCCUCCCUUGCCUACCCAGGCCGAGGACAGUUGUGGAGGAAUUGGGAGGCCCAAUGUCCUUGGCCCAUCUCUCUCUCCCUGAGUGAGGGCAGACUAUCUGUUAUUCACAUUUCAGUGAAAAUGUUCCCUCAGCCUUAAUUUUUCAAACCUAUCCAGAAAGUAAUAAUAGUAAUAAUAGUAAUUAGCCACAUUGCUUCCCAGAGAGCAGAUGGCCUGCAGACCGUCAGGUCUGAGAAGGAAGUCAGGCCUACCCACAGGCUCGGAUCCAUUUGUUUAAUAUCCUGGGUUGCAAAACCCAGAAGACGGAGGAAGAAGAGUCUGACCUGGACUGACCCCACCCUUGGAGGGUGGGGCAGUGGCAAGAAGACUCCACUUAACAGGACCUUGUCAGGGAGCACGAUCCACAGCAUGCCCGUUGACAGGCUUGAGAAGACCCAGAGUCUCUGGGGUCCUUACACUCACUGCCGACUUUGAUUCUGUGGCCCAUACUGGUCAGGGAAAGUGCCUUGGGGGUUACAUGGUGGGGAGAAAUGGACCCCUGGGAUGCCCACCGCCCCUGACUGCGGUCUGCCUUGGCCUCCCUCAGGGAUGGUCUAACUGUUGGCAGGUGGCUUUGUGCCCAGAGCCCCUGACACAUGUGAACCAAGGAGAGAGGGUUUCAUUUUGUAUAUCCGGGAUGUUUGCCCCCUGGUGUACAAACGAGUCGUGAAAGUGUUAACUGUUGUUUUAAUGCAAAGUCUGUAUUGAGAGCCCAGGUGUUCGUGUGUCACAGUUAUGCCAUUAAAUCUCCUUGUGGUUUCCUUUACUUCAAUUAAUUUCCCUCUUUCCCAUUUUGAGGUAAUGAGGAGAAGUGUUCUUGCAUUCAUUCCAGCAUUGCCAGAUAAAGUACAGGACACCUUGUCCAAUUUGCAUUUCAGAGAAACAGCCAAGAGUUAUUUAGAGUAAAUACGUCUCUAAGGUUGCAAUUAUUAGUGAUAUUGAAAUUCAAAUUCAACUAGGCUGCUCAAAUUUUUAUUUGCUACAUUU